AUGGCUCAAUUGGGCGCCUCAUCCUCAGGUGUUGAGCAGGAGAGGGUUCCUGGAGUGGGAAAUGGUGGUGAAAGGUUCUCAGAACUGAUCCAGACCUUCAAAAAUGAUUCUCCAGAAUCCGAACGUAUCGGUGUCGACGAGUGUUGUCAAUUACUGCAAGCAUGCAAAUCGAAUGAGGAUUAUUUCAUCGCGUUUGCUAUUGUACGUCGUUCGUUCUAA